UACAACAUGAUAUUGUUCCUUUCAAGUCAUUUCUUAACUACCAGCAUUAGCAUAAGCUUAAUCACAAUUCAUAACCAAACCAAACCAUACUAUACUUUAACUUCACUCCUACUCAAAAAAAAAAAAACAACCUUAAAAAAUAAAAAUUUCGUCAUCAUUAUGUUUCUCUAUGCAUUAAUUCACACUCUUUCUUCCCAUCUUGUUACCACCUUAUGCCACCCUCCAAACCAAUGAAUUGAAACAAUGAAUUUUCUUAGAAAAAAGCUUCCUCUUCCAAUCAUUAUCACUACAAUUUGUGUUCUACUCUUCACAUCAGUUUUGUAUGCUGAGAGACUCAGUUUUCUUUCUUCCACAAAUAUUUUCAAGUUCAAAACAUGUCCAAGAAAGCACGUUAAACCAACGACUAAUGAUAGAAAAAUAGAGGAUGUGGUUGCAAAUGCAUCAUGGAUUGAUGAUAGGUUUGAUUUUGACCCAGAAGAAUGCAAUGUUGCUAAUGGAAAAUGGGUAUUUAACAGUUCAAUAAAGCCUUUAUAUUCAGAUACAAGUUGUCCAUACAUAGAUAAACAAUUUUCUUGUGUCAAGAAUGGAAGGAAUGAUUCUGAUUAUCUUCAUUGGGAGUGGCAGCCAGAAGAUUGUACCUUGCCUCAAUUUAAUCCAGAAAUAGCCCUCACAAAACUUCAAGGAAAAAGACUUCUAUUUGUAGGAGAUUCACUACAAAGAAACCAAUGGGAAUCUUUUGUAUGUUUGAUUCAAGGUAUCAUACCGGAAAAGAUGAAGUCAAUGAAAAAAGGGCGAGUUCAUUCAGUCUUUAAAGCUAAGGAAUAUAAUGCUAGCAUAGAAUUCUAUUGGGCACCAUUUCUUGUGGAGUCAAACACUGAUAUUCAUAUAAUAGGGGAUCCAAAGAAGAGGAUAAUAAAAGUUGAUGAAAUCACUGAACGUGCCAAAAAUUGGACAGGAGUUGAUAUUCUUGUUUUCAAUACCUAUGUUUGGUGGAUGAGUGGUCUUAGAGUUAAAGCAUUGUGGGGCUCAUUUGGCAAUGGAGAUGAAGGAUAUGAAGAAUUAGAGACACAUGUUGCUUACAACUUAGGUUUGAGGACAUGGGCCAAUUGGGUGGACUCAACUAUCAAUCCAAACAAAACAAGGGUCUUCUUCACAACUAUGUCCCCUGCACACACAAAAAGUGCUGAUUGGGGCAACAAGGAUGGUGUAAAAUGUUUUAAUGAGACAAAGCCAGUGAAAAAGAAGAAUCAUUGGGGAAGUGGUUCAAAUAAGGGUAUGAUGAAUGUGGUAGCCAAAGUUAUAAAGAAAAUGAAAGUUCCAAUAACUAUCAUCAACAUAACACAAAUUUCAGAAUAUAGAAUUGAUGCACAUUCAUCAGUUUAUACUGAAACUGGUGGAAAAUUGUUGACUAAGGAAGAAAUGACUAAUCCAUUAAAUGCAGAUUGUAUACAUUGGUGUUUGCCUGGAGUUCCUGAUACUUGGAAUCAAAUAUUUUAUGCAAUGUUGUGACAAAUAUAAAUGUAAAAAAAAAUUAUUUUCUUUUUCUUUUUUUUGUUGUGACAUGAAGAUGUCAAUUAUGUAAAACUAUGUGUUCACAUUCAUUCUUUUUUGGCAUUUUUGUGAUAAAAAAAA